GUCGGAAACCAAGUGUUGAAGAUGCUGAAUUGGAUGAGGAAGUGAGGCAAUGGGUAAUCCUCAAAACAACCCUUACUCAAAUACCUACAAUCCGGGUUGGAGGAAUCACCCUAACUUCUCAUGGAGAGAUCAAGACAAGUCUGGAAAUUCGAGGCAGUACUCUAAUCAAAGGGGUUAUAGUCAAGAUCAAAAACCUCCGUCCUCUCAAGAGCAAGGAAGUGGAAAGAAGAGCUUGGAAGAGAUUGUGGGAGAACUGGCACAAGCUACUAGCAAGCUUCAGGUGUCCACAGAUAGCUUCAUCAAUGAGUCCAGAAAUAACUUUAAGAAUCAGGAGGCUUCGAUCAAAAAUUUGGAGAAUCAGGUCGGUCAAAUUUCCAAACAGUUAUCUGAGAGACCUCCAGGUAUGUUUCCUAGUAACACUGUGCCUAAUCCAAGGGAGAAUAUUUCUGCUGUUACUCUAAGAAGUGGAAAAGUUAUGCAUGAAAUUGAAAAGAAAAAAGAUAGUGAAAAGCAUAACAGUGAGGCUGGUAAUAAAAGUGAAUCUGAAGCAAUAAGUAAGGAAAAAGAUCAGAGUGAAAAUAUGAUAGUAAGUGAGAAUAAAGAAAAGAAAAGUCCUGCUUGUUGUGGCAAAAUUCCUUUUCCCAAUGCUUUAGUAAAAAAGAAUUUGGAAAAACAGUUUUCAAAAUUUUUAGAAGUUUUUAAGAAGCUUCAAAUUAACAUUCCUUUUUCUGAAGCAUUGGAGCAAAUGCCCACUUAUGCUAAGUUUAUGAAAGACAUUUUGUCAAGGAGAAGGAAGUUAAGUGAGGAGAGUGAAACUAUAAUGUUAACUGAGGAAUGCAGUGCUAUUCUGCAAAAGAAGCUUCCUCCUAAAUUAAAAGAUCCUGGUAGCUUCACAAUAUCUGUUGACAUAGAAGGUCUAACUGUAGGAAGAGCUUUGUGUGAUCUAGGUGCUAGCAUUAAUUUGAUGCCUUUGACCAUGUUUGAACGGUUAGAUAUAGGAGAAGCCACCCCUACUAUGAUUUCUCUCCAAUUAGCUGAUAGGUCACUUAAGACACCCUAUGGAAUAGUGGAGGAUGUAUUAGUGCGAGUUGAUAAAUUUGUUUUCCCUGUGGAGUUUGUGGUGUUAGAUAUGGAAGAAGACACUAGGGUCCCUCUCAUUUUAGGUAGACCAUUCCUAGCUACUGGGAGAGCGUUAAUAGAUAUAGAAUUGGGGACCAUGGACCUUAGAGUAGCUGAUGAGAGAGUGACAUUUUCUGUGUGA